GACAUCGACGAAAACGAGCGAAAGGAAGACUACGAGCUGAGGAUGCUCCAUGACUUGCUGGACGAGCUGGACCAAGACAUCCGUCGAUGCUCCAAAGCCUUCUAUCGGCUGAAGCGCAGCUGGAUUUCGUCGUACGACACCCGUACGGGCGUCAUCGAGAACGAGGAGCUGACGCCGGCGCAGUUCUGCGACCACAUCGAGGACGACCCCAACUACGAGGUCCUCUUAAGGGAUGCGGUGAACCGGUUGCUGCGCCUCAACCGCACAUUUGAGGCCGCGAAGAUGCUGGCCAGGCCCAAAGCCAAGGGCACGAAGGUCGUGGAAAACAUCAAAGACACCCAGGUGCUCUACAUCCGGUCGUUGUACGAGGAGGAGCAGGAGCCGGAAGAUUCCUUCGCCCCUCUGGCGGUGGGCUCCAUGUGCCUUCCUGGCGGCGAGGAAGACGUGCUGCGAGUGCCGAGCACGGAGCAGGUGAACGGAGAGGAUCGGGUCACCCGGGACGCUCUUGACAUCCUCAAGGAGGAGCUGUUGGAAGGACCACCUGUGGCCGUCGGUGUCUGGUGGCUGUGGCGGUGCUUCAAUGCCCACAUAGACCAGCACUCGCGGGCGGCCGUGCUCGCCUUGACGUACCGACAGCGAAACGGGCGAAAUCGUUUGGUGCUUGUUGACAUGAUCGCGUUGGAGCAGGCGAAUCAGGAGGAGGAGCACCUCCACAAGGAUGUGCUGGGCCAAAUUCUGAACGCACCGCACAUUCUCAAAGUGGUCCACUUCCUGGAGCGCACC